UCCAAUCUGUCAAUCUUAAUUUCUCCAAACACAAAAAAUUCAAAUUGAUUUUCCGGUCAAUCUCGAACCUGUUCAAACAACUAGAAAAAAAAAAUGCUUACUUUCUCCGAUUCCGACAUGUUUUCCCGGCGGUGCGUGUGGGUAAACGGUCCGGUCAUCGUCGGCGCCGGCCCGUCCGGCCUCGCCGUCGCCGCCGGCCUGAAGGACCGCGGCGUCCCGUUCGUAAUCCUCGAAAAGUCCGACUGCAUCGCGUCGCUGUGGCAGAAACGGACCUACGAUCGCCUGAAACUUCACCUGCCCAAGCAAUUCUGUCAGCUGCCCGACUUCCCGUUCCCCGCCGGUUACCCGGAAUAUCCUUCUAAGCGGCAAUUCGUCGAGUACCUUGAGUCCUACGCAGCGGCUUUUGAUAUCCGGCCCCGGUUCAACGAGCGGGUCGACUCGGCCAAAUUCGACCCGGUCUGCCGCCUCUGGCGAGUCCGGACCGUUUCCGCCGCCGGCGAGAUCGAGUACAUUUGUCAGUGGCUGGUGGUGGCCACCGGCGAGAAUGCGGAGAAAGUCAUGCCGGAGAUCGCCGGCCUGAGCGAAUUCGGCGGCGAGGUGAUCCACGCCUGCGAUUAUAAAUCCGGCGAGAGUUACAAGGGGAAGAAGGUCCUGGUCGUCGGCUGUGGAAAUUCCGGCAUGGAAGUUUCUCUCGAUCUCUGUAACCACGACGCCAAGCCCGCCAUGGUCGUCCGCAGCUCAGUCCACGUUCUUCCGAGGGAGGUUUUGGGGAAAUCGACGUUCGAGCUAGCAAUGUUGAUGCUAAAAUGGCUGCCAUUGUGGCUGGUAGACAAGAUCCUGCUAUUUCUGGCAUGGAUGAUCCUCGGAAACAUCGAGAAAUACGGUCUGAAAAGGCCACCCACAGGGCCAUUAGAGCUGAAGAACACUCAAGGAAAGACUCCUGUUCUAGACAUCGGAUCACUCGACAAGAUCCGGUCCAAAGAAAUCCAAGUAGUCCCAGGAAUCAAAAGAUUCUCUCCCGGCGCCGUCGAGCUCGUCACCGGCGAACACCUCGAAAUCGACGCCGUCGUUUUCGCCACCGGAUACUGCAGCAACGUGCCUUACUGGCUACAGGACACAGAAUUCUUCUGCAAGAAUGGAUUCCCAAAAUCUUCAUUCCCAAAUGGAUGGAAAGGAAAUGGUGGACUGUAUGCUGUUGGGUUCACAAGGAGAGGGCUCUCUGGUGCAUCUUCUGACGCCAUUAAAAUUUCUCAAGACAUUGCCAAAGUAUGGAAGGAUGACCUAAAGCAAAAGAAGCAGAAAGUUCCUACACACAGAAGAUGCAUUUCAACCUUCUGAACAUCAUCAAGAAUCCCUGUAAAAAAAAAAAAAAGAAGAAAAA